AGGCGAACUAGCCGUAUGCAAUGUGAAGCAUUCAGGAAAUAUUUUACUCAGGUGCUCUGUUUCUCAACAGAUAUUGAUUGACAAAGAUGUGACGAUUUUUUAUUAUUUUUCACAUUGUGUACAGGAAUACAUUGAGACUGAUGUGCCGUGUCAAUUGAAUCGUCUGGAAUCUCAGAUUAUUCAAUUUGCAGUCGGGGUUAUCACGUUGUCUCACAUGAUAAAGCAAAUCGUUCAGUUCAGACAACAGGGAUUGAAAUACCUUCGUUCGUUGACGAAUUAUCUGGAGUGGGCUGCUUAUGGCAUGACACUCUUUUACGUUGUACCGCCCUGUGACUGUAAGCUGGGAUUCAAACAGGAGUUCGGAGCCGUAGCCUUGUUUAUCGCAUGGAUGAACCUAAUUCUGUUCCUCAGAAGGUUUUCCUCGUAUGGUCAAUAUAUAAUUAUGCUUACAACAAUGUUUGGCACUCUAUUCAAGGUCCUUCUGUUGUUUUUCUUGUUCGUCAUGGCAUUCAGCACAACGUUUUUUCUGCUCUUAGAUGAUGAAACGGAGACCUACUCAACUUUUCCGUAUUCCAUGAUGACCAUAUUUGUGAUGACGCUCGGUGAACUCAACUACGCCGACACGUUUAUGCCGUGGGGUAAACUGGAAUACGCUACGCUGACGAAUAUCCUGUUCUUUUUGUUUGUGCUGGGAAUGCCCAUCAUUCUUAUGAACAUGUUGGUCGGUCUCGCAGUGGGAGAUAUUGACAAGAUUCAAGUCAAUGCGUUGAUUGAUCGCUACGUCAUGCAGGUCGAGAUGGUUUUAGAUAUGGAGGAAACAGUCCCUGAAUCUUUUGCUAAGAGAGCAAAUGUUACAAAACACGUGGAAUAUCCAAACAGGGAUGCAUCCAAGCUCUAUGAGCAGCUUUUAGGCUUUAGUCGACCAACAGAAGAAGAAGAGGAAGAUUAUUCAACCCCAGAGCUCCCUCCUGAAUUUCAGCCGCUCCUGGACAGAAUGGAAGAGCAGGAGAACAGAAUCAAAGGAAUAUAUGAGCUGUUGGGAGAACAAGCAAAACUUCUCCAAACGAUUAGUCAACAGAAACAAGCUGAGGAGGAGACUCGACAGGCACCAACUAAAAUCUUAGGAAAAAUGUCAAGUAAACUGAUCCCCAGUUUCAAGUUUUAGACUGUUCAAGAUCAGAGUCUCCUUUUAAACUUCAUGGAGAGUUUUUCAAUCGAGUAUUAUCCCAUAGUUUUUGUCCUUUCAUUUUGUGAAUGCACAACUUUUUUCCCAGGCCUUUGCCCUUUUACCAAUUUCUAAGUUAAAAGCCUCGUAUGCACCAUCUAGGCUAGCUAGCAAGCUUAAAGGAUGUUUUCAUAAGACUUUGUUGCUAAGAAACCCCUACCCUAACCCCUAAGGUGAUAUAUAUCGUUACAGCGAUAAGCCGAAGAUCGAAAGAAGCUGAUCUUUCUUGAAUUAAACAGUACAGAUCUUCAGCUGAACAG